AUAGGAUUAACGGUGAAUCUUAGUAAGAUCGUACAAACUCAAUUCAGUAAAAAAUCUGAGCAAGAGCGUGAACAAAUCUUGGAUAGAAUCCUGAAACAAAUCUGACAGGAUCCUUGAGAUUUAUGAUUCUGAAAGAUCCUUCAAGGCUAUCUCAAGAAAUUGGCAUGGCUGAGUGGACUAAGCAGUAACCUGUAAAGAUCUCUUUUAAAUCCUUUACAUGCUCUUAUCAAGAUCGUGAUUAGAAUUGACAUUGUCUUGGAAGUUUUGGAAACGCAUAUUCUUGAAAAAGUUCUGAACAAGAUCCUGAUUGAAGCGUUGCAGGAUUAGCCUGUUUCAUAUUCUGACGGAUCUUAUUAUUUUCUUGCUAGGAUCCUCGUCUGAUGUGGCUAUCACUCUUGACAGGAUCCUGAUACAAAGAUUUGACCUAGAUCCUGACAAGAACUCGAUGCAAUCUUGACAGAAUCCUCUCUCAUUAUCUUGAGAGGAUCCUUAAUAGAACCUUGAGGAAAUCCUAAUAGGAUCUUGUAUUGUCAAUUCAAAAAAAUAUCUGACCAGGAACUUGAAGAAAUCCUGAAGAGGAUCUUGUUUUACCUUAAAAAUCCCGGAGACAGGAAAUACUAAGGAUUUGAAACAGGAUCCUGAAUAAAACUUAACAAGAUCCUUAAAAUUCAGGAUCCUAAAAGAUCCUUCCAAGGUUUCUCAAGGAAUGAACAGGAUUGAAACUAGGAUAUCGACGUAAAUUAUCUGUUCAUGUUAAUCCAUCUUCAUUUGCACUUCAAAUGCAAACUAAUGAAACAGAUACUGUUGAAAAUAAAGAUGAAUUAACAAAUAUUAUUCAUGGAGAGUCAUCUUCAAUUAUUAAUGAAGAAGAUGUUGCUGUAACCACUGAGACAAGUCAUGAAACAAUUCAAUCAACUGAAACAGAAAAUAUUUUAGCUAAACAAGAGAUUGAUUUACCAGAGUUUGAAUGGAUUGACAAUGUUUAUAGAUGGAAAAGUAAAUUGUCAUGUUAUCCACAUGAUCAAUCAUAUGAGAAACUUGAUGUACCUGUUCUCUAUAAAUUAUAA